AUGGACGACGAGCCUACCCCCUCCGAACGUCAGGCUAUGCGGUCGUAUCGAAGCGGCAGUAGCAGCAGCACACGAACUUCUAAGCGCAGCGGCAGACGACACGGCAUUUUCUCGAGGAAGGCGUAUCGCGAUCCGGUGGUCAGUGCAAAGGCUAGGAUCAGUUUCGCCUUUGGUGUUGCCUUGUUGGUUGCUCUGGUAAUCUAUCUGGUCCUUGCUGCUACCGGUGUCGCGAAGAAUACCAUGUUUCAUGUGAUAUCGAUCCUUUUCCUGUUGACGUUGAUGGGGAUUUUUGUCCAUCAACUGCUCCGCACGUUCAUGCUCAUUCGACACCCAAGAAGAUCGAGGCACCGAACAACACCCGGAUCAAGACGCGGGCAUGCAAGGGAUCGUCCUAGAACCCGACGACACCGCACCCGUAAACCUGCUGAACAAGAGCUAGUCCCUGAAAAACCGAUUCCGAUACACAUGGCCUCUGACACAGGCUUCGGCCCAGACCUGGAAGCUCAGCCAAUUAUUCAACAACCACCACCUGUAUACGGAAAUUUUCGAACCAGCAUGAGGAUAAAUCCCGACUUGGUCCACUGGAAAGAAAUCCAGACCAAAACACCAUCGCCUCUAACACCGACAUAUAAUGAGGCAAUGAACCAAAUUCACCGGACCAUGGGAUAUCGACCACCAAGCUACAUAUCCGAGAGUGGGGUUACCGAAGUUGUUGAGGCGCAGAGAAGGGAUGUAGAUGCUGCGUUGGAAAACAUCCAUCCACUCGAACGCGAACGAAUGAGAAAUUUGGCUGCCGAAGCACUCGAAGGACAUAGCCACACAUAA